UUUGCGUCCACCAGCAUUAGUUGUCACUGAACUGAAACUAGCACGUUUAAAGUGUUAAAAUCGGCAAAAUUCUAUUGGUUUUGAUAACCAUAAAAUGAUUUUCAAGUGUUCCUAACUGCACCGCUGGAAAGAAGUUCCGUUUUGUUUGUUUGAAGACUCGUCUCCACCGGGGAUGGAGUUUAUGUACACUUGACAACCCACGGUGGUACGCAUGAUGCUACUUGCCGUGUCCAACAUUGUGAUGCUCUAGCAUCGGUUCGUGAGUGUGUGUGUUUGCGUGUGUGGUUUUCGUUUUGUUCUUGAUCCAUCGGAGCGGCCAUGUCCACCAACAAACUGCACAAAGUGUUCCUAUACAGUUUGGCCAUCUCGCUGAUAGCCAUCUUCAUAACUCUGGCGAGCAAAGUGUUUCCCAUUGCCAACCUUCCAACAAGUACGAACAUAAUCAUAGUGGGCACCUGUCUGGCAAACUUCGCUUCCGUCGUCGCGCUAAUUAUCGGGAUCAUCACGCGCCGACCUCGAUUGGUGAAGAUCGUCAAAAUCUUUAGCUACGUACAGCUGGGAGCUAUUUUCGUACUAAUCUGCCUUGCGGCCGCCCUGCUCUAUCUGGUGAAGGUGGACGUGGACCACAGCGUGGAGGCAGUGAAGACACCUAAAACGUGACAAACGUCGUGAGCCUACGAUACACCUUAAUGAUUAGAAAGAGUUUAUGUACUUAAGCCAGUGUAAUGUUUCCUAGG